GCCGCUAGUUUCAGAAAUGCCAUUCUCACCCAAACCCAAAGUUGGAAUCACAAAAGAAUUGGACACAGAAGCUUCCCCCACCGCCCUCCCCGACCUUCCUCUUCCAUCUUCCACCUCUCUUCUUCGUUCGCUCGGGAUUGCAUUGAUCGGGACUGUAUCUCUGGACUGCAUUGCGAUCCAAAUCUUCACCAUUAUUGUCUCUCUCUCUCUCUCUCUCUCUCUCUCUCUCGCUCGAAUCUUCACCAGAAUCGAUCGGAACGGCAUCGAUCGGGAUUGCAUCUUUGUUCGAAUUUUCACCGUCAUCGAAUCUCGACUCUCUUUCUCGCUUUCGUUUGAAUCUUCACCAUUAUCUAUUGGGAUUGCUACUGCGCGCAGUUGAGUCUCCAUCGUUGUGUAGAUCGAGUCACCUUUAUUGCUCAAGAAUUGAAAAUAUUUGAAUCUCCAUGGACUGCGUGCGCUUUACUAGCUUUUCAAUUCUUUUCAUCAAAUGGAUCACUGACAGGACAUCAAGAGAUGAUAGUCUGGUAAAAUGAUGCCAUCCUUCUAAGUAGCUCAGAAUUCUUUCUUGGAUGUUUGGGUAUUUGGUCGAUUCAUGCUUCUGCUACAUUCUAACAAGCAGGCAAGGAGGUGCCAAACUAGCUGAAAUAGUUAUGCCUGGCGACACUUGUUCCGACAAGCAACUCCCUCCAAAUAAUCUUGUUGCCCAGCAGCCAUAAGGUGCCUCCAUGAAUGCUACUGUCACUCUGGAUUGCCCAGGCCAAAAUGGGGUAUACACAUGGUUUCUGAUGUGAUUGAUCCGGAAGGCUUGAGUUUAGAGUGUGUGCAAUUUGUGGCUGGUAGAUGGCGUGGUUUAGUGGGAAAGUUUCUUUGGGGGGCUUCCCGGAUCUAGCUGGGGCAGUUAAUAAGCUCAGUGAGAGUGUGAAGAAUAUUGAGAAGAAUUUUGAUAAUGCUCUUGGAUUUGAGGAGAAGUCCGAUUCUGCUGGAGAAGCUUCAGGAAUGUGGCCUUCAGCUACAGAUAGGAAAGCACUAUUUGACCCUGUCAUGGCCUUUAUGGGGCAAAAAGAUGGAGAAAGUGCUGUUGAAUCAUCGGAACAACCUGAAUCACUACAGCACCCAACCCCAGCUGAUGAAAAAGAAGAGGCUGAAACUGAUAUAUCAGAUUCUGCCACUGGGAAAACAGUGUCUGUGGAAGAAGAGAACGAGGUGCUCAAACUAGGUGAGGAACAUUCACAUCCAGACACUACAGAUGAAACAAAUACUGGGAUAGUAGACUUCUCCAAACCUGAGUCUCAUUCCCAACCACUCUCUGUUGACCUACAUGAAUCCACUCGGGAGAAUCUUGAAAUGACUGAUUCUUUCAAUCAGCACCAACAGAAAGAAAGCACAGAAGUAGAUUCCUCAGAAAAUUUACAGUCUGCAGAAUCGAAACCAUUAACUGUUGAAGUUGGUAAAGAUGAGGGCAGUUCCUUCGUGCCGGAUGACUCACAAAAUGCUAUUGAUUUGCAUGAGAGUACGCAUGAACAGAAGACAGGGAUAGACGAGGUGGUAGAGCAAGUUUCUCCAGGCCAAGUUGAAUCAUCAGGUACUAGUCAAGAUGGAGGGGAGACUAAAUCCACUGCUUUAAAUUCUGUCGAUAAUGGUGAGACUGAGAGUGCUGGUGCUGGUGAAUUACCAGAGAAUCACUUUCCUAAUGCAUUCCCAUCAGAGGGGACUGCUGACACUGUUUCCAAGUUGGUUUCUCAUGAAACUGAUACAAUUGCUAAAGAAGUUGAAGUGAUUCAGCAAGCAAAUGAUUAUGAACCUGACAACAAGGAACAUCGUUUGAGUUCGGCAACCAGUGUCUCUGACGCUGAUUCUGUCAUUGAACUGGAGAAGGUGAAGAUGGAGAUGAAAAUGAUGGAAACUGCACUGCAAGGGGCUGCUAGACAAGCUCAGGCAAAAGCUGACGAAAUUGCUAAAUUGAUGAAUGAAAAUGAGCAGCUAAAAUCCAUUAUUGAAGAUUUUAAGAGGAAAUCCAAUGAAGCAGAAGUGGAAUCUUUGCGAGAGGAGUACCAUCAAAGGGUUGCAGCCCUUGAAAGAAAGGUUUAUGCUCUUACAAAAGAAAGGGAUACACUACGGAGGGAGCAGAGUAAAAAGAGUGAUGCUGCUGCUUUAUUGAAGGAAAAAGAUGAAAUAAUCAAUCAAGUUAUGGCUGAAGGUGAGGAGCUUUCAAAAAAGCAGGCUGCUCAAGAAUCUCAAAUUAGGAAAUUAAGGGCACAGAUUAGAGAGUUUGAGGAAGAGAAGAAAGGGUUACUCACUAAACUUCAGGUAGAAGAGAAUAAAGUGGAGAGUAUUAAGAAGGACAAGACGGCUACUGAGAAGUUGCUGCAAGAAACAAUAGAAAAACACCAAGCAGAACUUAUGGCUCAAAAAGAGUACUUCACAAAUGCUUUGACAGCAGCUAAGGAGGCUGAAGCAUUAGCAGAGGCACGUGCCAACAAUGAAGCGAGGACUGAAUUAGAGUCUCGUCUAAGAGAAGCAGAGGAACGUGAAGCUAUGCUUGUUCAGGCUCUUGAAGAAUUAAGGCAAACUCUAAGUAGAAAGGAGCAACAGGCAGUUUUUAGAGAAGACAUACUACACAAAGACGUUGAGGAUCUUCAAAAGCGUUAUCAAGCAAGUGAGCGCCGGUGUGAGGAGUUGAUUACACAAGUCCCUGAAUCUACUCGGCCUCUUUUGAGGCAGAUUGAAGCUAUGCAGGAGACAACAGCCAGAAGGGCGGAAGCUUGGGCUGCUGUGGAAAGAUCCCUGAAUUCUCGACUCCAGGAAGCAGAAGCCAAAGCUGCGGCUGCUGAGGAAAGAGAGCGAUCUGUAAAUGAACGCUUAUCUCAAACCUUGUCCCGAAUUAAUGUCCUUGAAGCUCAGAUUUCAUGCCUUAGAGCAGAGCAGACACAGCUGAGUAGGUCUCUUGAAAAAGAGAGACAGAGGGCAGCUGAAAAUAGGCAGGAGUACCUUGCAGCAAAAGAGGAAGCAGACACCCACGAAGGGCGUGCAAACCAACUUGAAGAAGAAUUGGGGGAACUCAGGAGGAAACUCAAGGAAGAGUUACAAGAUGCAUUGGCACACAGGGAACUCUUGCAGCAGGAGAUAGAACGGGAGAAAACUGCUCGUAUGGAUUUGGAAAGGACAACUCGCCUUCAGUCAUCGUCUGCUGUAUCUGAUCAAACUCCUAAAACAAAGCAUGGUUCUAUUUUCGAAAAUGGAAAUUUGACCCGUAAACUCUCAAGUGCUACUAGCCUGGGCAGCAUGGAGGAAAGCUAUUUUCUCCAAGCAUCUUUGGAUUCAUCAGACAGUUUCUCUGAACGGAGAAACUUUGGAGAGACAACCAUGACUCCGUACUAUAUGAAGAGUAUGACACCGAGUGCUUUUGAAGCUGCCUUGAGACAGAAAGAGGGUGAACUCGCAUCCUACAUGUCUCGUUUGGCGUCCAUGGAAUCCAUCCGUGACUCUCUUGCUGAGGAGUUGGUUAAAAUGACAGCACAGUGUGAGAAACUACAGGCAGAGUCUGCCAUGCUGCCUGGCUUACGGGCAGAGUUGGAAGCACUAAGACGGAGGCACUCUUCGGCACUGGAGCUAAUGGGUGAACGUGAUGAGGAGUUGGAAGAACUGCGUGCUGAUAUCGUGGACCUGAAGGAGAUGUACAGAGAGCAAGUAAACUUGCUUGUGAACAAGAUCCAGACAAUGAGUUCAUCAAUGGGUCACGGAUAAGUUGUCCUCUUGGCUGGCUAAGUUGUGACGUUUCCGAUGUAGUUCAAAGCAUUUACAGUAAAUAUGAUUGGUCAGAAUUUUUUCUUAUUUUACUCGUCAUCUGAAGAUUGUAUUUGUUUUUUUUUUUAACUGAAAAAGCUCGGCAGCAGAAACAUGGAAAAAAGCCCUUCCCAAACUUUUAUGUUGUAAUUUGGGGUGUAAUGUUGUAUGGCGUGGAGUUGAGCAUGAUGGAAACUGAAAAGCCCUAGUUUUGUUUGAUUAAAUUGUCAAUAAAGAGUUCUCAUUUUCCCCC